CCCGAUGUGACGUCAUUACGUCAUGACGUCGGCUUCGGGGUUACGCCGCCUGUUGUUAUCAGUUGUUAUUCGAGGGAAAGGUUGUUGUUUUGAGCCAGUCAGAAUUUAAGACACGCAGAAAAAACUCCAGGUGAAAAUUGAGAUCUACGUGGCAUAGAUAAACAUGGAGUUUAUUAAAGAGGAGGACAUCAGUGAUUCAGAACCAUGCACAGUAAAAGAAGAGGAAACUGAGGAACUAUUAGGUCUGAUGGAAGUGAAAGAGGAAAUUCAAGAACUGAAUGAAGUAGAGAAAAAUCGCAAAUUCCAGACACCUGAAGAAAAACCUUUUAGUAACUUGCAGUCUGAAAAAUUCUCAGAAAAAGAACACCUUACGGGUCACAUAAAAAAUUGUCCCAGAAAGAAGCCUAUAACGUGCCAUCAGUGUGGAAAGAAUUUCAAACAAAAAGGACACCUUAAUAUUCACAUGAGAAGUCACACUGGAGAGAAGCCUUUCGAAUGCCCUCACUGUGGAAAGAGAUUUAUUCAUAAAGGACACCUUAACGAACACGUACGAAUUCACACUGGAGAGAAGCCGUUCACAUGCCGUCAGUGUGGAAAGAGUUUCACACAUCAAGCAAGCCUUACAUGGCACAUGACAAAUCACACAGAUGAAGACCUUUCCACGUGCCAAAAGUGUGGGGAGAGGUUCCCAAAUGCAAGAAUACUUAAAGUUCACACAAGAAUUCACAUUGAAGAGAGCCCUUUAACUUGCCUUCAGUGUGGAAAAAGUUUCACAGAUCAAGAAAAACUUAAGUGCCACAUGAGAAUCCACACUAAAAAGAAACCUUUCACAUGCAAUGAAUGUGGUAAGAGUUUCAUUCAUAGAGGACACCUAAAUGAUCAUUUAAGAAUUCACACUGGAGAGAAGCCAUUCACAUGCCAUCUGUGUGGAAAGAGUUUUAAUCAUAAAGGAUACUUGAGUGUUCACCUAAGAAUUCACACUGGAGAGAAGCCAUAUUCAUGCCAUCAGUGUGGAAAGAGUUUCAUUCAUAAAGGACACCUAAAUGAACACAUGAGAAUUCACACUGGAGAGAAGCCAUAUACAUGCCACCAGUGUGGGAAGAGUUUUAGUUAUAAAGGAUACUUGAAAGUUCACCAAAGUAUUCACUCUGUAAACAAGCUGCAUGCAUGCCAUGAGUGUGGAAAGAGUUUCAUUCAUAGAGGACACCUUAAUGAACACAUGAGAAUUCACACUGGAGAGAAGCCUUUCAUAUGCCAUCAGUGUGGACAGAGUUUCACACAUAAAGGUAGCCUGACAUGGCACAUUAAAAUUCACACUAAAGAUGGACUUUCCACAUGCCAUCAAAGUGGGAAGAAUUUUAUAAAUGAAAGAAAGCAUAAGCGUCGCACAACAAGUCACUCUGUAGACAAGCCGUAUGCAUGCCAUCAGUGUGGAAAACACUUCAUUCAUAGAGGACACCUUAAUGAACACAUGAGAAUUCACACUGGAGAGAAGCCAUAUACAUGUUCUCAGUGUGGACAGAGUUUCAGACAUAAAGGAAACCUGACGUGGCAUAUGAGAACUCGCGCUGAAGAUGGACUUUCCAAAUGCCAUCAGAGUGGGAAGAAACCUUAAGAGUCACACAAGAUUUCACACUGGAGAGAAGCCUAACACAUCAAUGUGGAAAGAGUUUCAAACACAAAGGACAUCUUAAAAAUCACAUAAGAACUCGCACCAGAGAGUUAUUUAUACGUGGUGUAUGUAUGUAGACAGCCUCACACGUGGUAAACAUGAUGUAAAGGCUAGAGGACACCAAGCCGACUUCAAAGAACAAGCGGCGACAAAAAAACGGUGUUGUUGUCUCUCGUCAACUGCGUCCGGACCAAAAGGCUGCGCUUGAACAUACAGCACAGACUACAGCCAACCACAAACUAGCAUGUGCAUUUUUUGCGCCUGUGUGUAAAGGCUAUUAUUAAAGGAUUAGUUCACUUUCAAAUGAAAAUUACCCAAGCUUUACUCACACUCAAGCCAUCCUAGGUGUAUAUGACUUUCUUCUUUCAGAUGAAGACAAUUGGAGAAAUAUUAAUAAA